AUGGCCGAAUUCAAGCUCACAUAUGAGUCCCAGCUGGAUGUCUGCCAUCCUUCCUACCGCUGGGAAGCCAAAGACCCCAACGAAGACUGGAAACAGGCCGCUCUGCGUGGCCCGGCAUUGCCUAUCCUAGGUAAUGCUGUCGCUGGCGCUGUUGGAUCAGCCAUUUCCAAUGUUGUCGUCUACCCACUUAAUGUCAUCGUCGCGCGCCUCCAAACGCAACAGAAGAAGGAGAAAUCCAAGGAAGGCUCCGGUGCUGACGAAGAGGAAUACACAAAUAUCAUCGAUGCGGCAUACAAGAUCUACGGGAAACAGGGCAUCGCAGGGUUCUAUCCUGGUCUAGCCCAAGAUACCUGCAAAUCAGUCGCAGACUCCUUUCUCUUCUUUCUCGCCUACACCAUCGUCCGACAGCGCCGAAUAGUCUCACGUGUAGGCGCAGCCCGCGCUGCAAAGAGCAAAAACAUCGUCCUUCCCAUCUGGGACGAGCUCGCUAUCGGCGUCAUAGCCGGCUCCUUCUCAAAGCUGUUCACAACCCCGCUCUCGAACAUCGUAACGCGAAAGCAGACCUCGGCGAGCAAGACCGGCCCAGGCUCGAAGGACCUCUCAACAACGGAUAUUGCAGCUCAGAUCCGCAAGGAGAAGGGCAUCUCAGGAUUCUGGUCCGGCUACUCCGCUGCGCUCAUCCUUACCCUCAACCCAUCUAUUACCUUAUUCCUCAACGAGAUCUUGAAAUAUGCCGUCCUUCCCCGCGCGAAGCGGGAUAAGCCCUCACCUCUCAUCACCUUCCUCUUGGCAGCAACCAGCAAAGCCGCUGCAUCGGCCAUGACCUUCAAAAUUCACGCCAAAGGUCCUCCAAACCGUCGCCGCAAUCUACAAGAAAGAAGGCAUAUCCGCACUGUAUGCCGGUCUCCCCGCGAAGUACUCAAAGGCUUCUUCUCGCACGGCUUCACCAUGCUCGCCAAGGACGCUGUCUACGCUUCUAUUGUGAAGAUGUAUUACCUGAUGCUGAUUCUGAGCAGGCGGUAUCCCAGUCCGGAUGAGCUGAUCCAGCGUGCCCGGGAACAAGCCGAAGAAUACGGCGAGAUUGCGCGUGAAGGAGCGCGCGAUCUUGCGGAGUCCGUACGAGAGAAAGCUGGCGAGGCGCUGGAGAAUUACACCGGCGCUGCUGCUGUGGAUAUGACCUCUGAUGCGGCCGCUGCAGCGAAAGGAUUCAACCAAAGCCAUGGAAUCUAUGGACCGAGAGAUCUCUCUGUAGGGGAUGAAGUAAACGAGACGGCGGAGCUGGUGGGUGACUAUGUGGAGGAUGAGGCGGCUGAAUGGAGAAGGUUUUACCAUUGGUUCUGGGAGAAGCCGAAGGAGGAGUAG